UAUAUGCUAUAAAAGAAAAAAUAGAUUUUACAUCACAAGAAGGAAAAGGAGAACAGGAAAAAAAAUCAACCAUAACAGAUUCCAUUAUCAAAACUUCAAACCACAUCUUCUCGGGGAAAAGAUUGAUCUCUGGCAUAGGAUUCAAAUAAAUAACCAGCUAUGUCGAUGAGAUCGGUGAAAGUAAGCAACAUCUCUUCAGAUGCAACCGAGCAAGAUUUGAGGGAAUUUCUUACCUUCCCUGGAAAAAUUGAACAUGUUGAAAUGGAAAGUGACAAGGGAAGUUCCAAAGUUGCGUAUGUGACCUUCAGUACUCCAGAUGGAGCAGAAACUGCAGUUCUUCUCUCGGGAGCAGUUGUGUGUGGACAGUCUCUAAACAUCGAAUUGGCUAAGGAUUAUGCUUUGCCUACUUCGACCGCAUCUCCAACUAGUAACGCUGAGAGUGGGGAAUCUGGUAUGAGAAAGGCAGAGGAUGUUGUAAGCAGCAUGUUAGCCAAGGGCUUCAUUUUGGGUAAAGAUGCAUUGAACCGAGCAAAAUCCUUUGAUGAAAGGCACAGACUUACUUCCACGGCCUCAGCAAAAGUUGCUUCUUUGGACCAGAAGGUGGGAUUUACUGAAAAGAUCAGUGCUGGUACAGUUAUAGUGAAUGACAAGGUGAAAGAAAUGGAUGAGAAAUUUCAAGUCUCAGAGAAGACUAAAACUGCAAUUUCAGCAGCUGAGCAGUCAGUGUCCAGUGCUGGAUCUGCCAUAAUGAAGAAUCGGUAUGUGUUGACUGGGGCUACAUGGGUCACAGGUGCUUACAACAGGGUUGCAAGGAAGGCUGAGGAAGUGGGACAGAAAACUAAGGAGAAGGUUUUGGCGCAGAAUAAUCAAGGAAAAACUGAAGAAGGUCACGUCCACACCAGUAUGUCGGAACCCACGACAACUGAUCAAACCUCCAAACAGGCAACCACGGUCAAUGAACCCUCAAAACCUGAACCUCAACAGGCCACCACAGUUGAUCCACCCUCCAAAUCUGAAACUCAGCAGGCCACAACAGUUAAUGAACCCUCCAAACCUGAACCUCAAGUGGCCACCAUAAUUAACGAAUCCUCCAAACCUGAACCUCAAGUGGCCACCACAGUUAACGAACCCUCCAAACCUGAACCUCAACAGUUAACCAAGGAUGGUCAAUCUGCCAGUCCAGCAAAAUCUAGUGCCUGAUCCUAUGAUUUGCAAACGAAUGUGUGAAAUUUGGGUCAUAUAUAUGAGCUUGUUAGAGUAUUUUUGAGAAGUUGGAUGGUAUAUGUCUAAUAACCAACUGUGUUGUAGAAAUAAAUUAAAACCGGAGAGCCUCAGUGUAGUACUUCUUUUCUGAGACUUCAUGCAGUCAAAUAUAUACCCUAUUUACUCCGUCCUGAGGAAACACGGUUACGUCCAUGUAUCUUGUUUAUUACGCUAGUUACUAAUAGACUAAUAGUUGCAUGUA